CUUUCCUUUUCUACUCUUGUUUUGGCAAGAACAAAGACAAGACGUACCGAAAACUAGCAGCCGUGUCCAUUUGAAAAUCUACUGUAGCUACCGUUUUUCAGAUAAAGAAUUGAAUGGUGUUUAUUAAAACUCUCAUACAUUAAGACCGGUUGUGAUUGUAUACUUUUCUCUCCGUCUGCCUCGCCACAAUUCAAUUUACUACGUAAUCAACUGAGGAGUAGUGAUGGAUGAAAAGAAACUGAAGCGAUGGCCAGAUUUACCAGACAGAAACGGGCAAUGGAAAGCCUAAUCGACAAUGAUGAACCUGUUGAAGAGAUCAGAACUGAGUUUGGGAAUCGGUAUCGGUGUUCCAGAGAUAGCUAAUGUUCAGAAAGCUAAUAAAGGAGUGGUAAAGAAAUUGGAACGUGUGUUAGGUUGUCCACUGAGCAGAGGAGAUGGUGCUGUAGAUAUGUUAAUAGGCGUGGAUUACCCGUUCAUGCAUAUCGGUGAAACACAACAAGUAGAUCGUUACCUAUUAAGGAAGUCGCCCUUGGGCUGGGUUGCGUUUGGAUCUAACAGUCAAAAGAAACAACCAGGCCUGACAGUACUUCAUGUAAAUGUCACACAGAAGACAGACCUCACACGAUUCUGGACCACAGAAGAAAUGGGUGUCAAGAUACCAAACUGUACUUGCACACCAAAAGAUGAUUUGAAGUUGACUCCUGUUGAACGAGUACAAUUUGAUGACAUGUGGUAGUCGUGCGAAAAAAAUCAAAGACAAAUGGCAUAUACCGUAUCCGUGGAGACGAAACCCAACUGAGCUUAUUGACAAUAAAGUGCUUGCUGAGAGAAUGUUAGCCUCUACUGAGAAACAACUCAUGAAGAAUCCAGAUCAUGUGAAAGGAUACCAACAACAGAUGGAAGAAAUGAAAAAACUUGGAUUCUCCAGAAAACUGACAGAUGAAGAAAUUGCCAAGUAUAAGGGACCUGUAUGCUAUAUACCACACCACGCAGUUGUCCGACCAGAGAAAAAAUCUACACCGGUAAGGAUUGUCUUUAAUCCUCUAAAUUCCAUGGCCAGUCCCUUAAUGAGUUUUGGGGAGAAAGGACCUGACCUUCUGAACAGUCUAUUUGGAGUGUUACUGCGGUUUAGACAACAGAAGAUUGCAUAGCUGCCGACAUUUCCAAAAUGUAUCAUCGUAUAGCGAUUCCUGAAACAGAUCAGCAUGUUCACAGAUUCUUGUGGCGUGAUUUUGACCAACGCAAGAAACCAGACGUCUAUGUGAAAACCAAUGUAACGUUCGUUGACAAGUCUGCCCCAGCGAUGGCUCAAGUUGCAUUACGAAAAACGGCCAAGGUGAAUGAAGAAACCUACCCGGUAGCCGCCAAAAUUAUUGAAAACGACAGCUAUAUGGAUGACAUACUGACUUCUGUACCAGAUGUGAACACAGCCGAGAGUUUAACCAAAGAAAUAGACACUGUUCUAGAAAGUGGAUUUAAGAAUGGGUAUCGAAUGGAAAACCUAACAAUCCAGACAUUAACCAGCAACCUGACAACAAACCUGUGACUGAUUCAUCUGAACAGAAAGUGUUAGGUGUAGUUUGGAAUCCUAACAGUGACCUAAUACUGUAUAAAGUCAAACCAGCCAAAUUCCACGAGAAGUCAUUAACUAAGAGAAUGGUACUCUGUGAAAUUGCCACUAAGGGUCUUUGAUCCGAUUGGAUUUGCAACUGCGUUUCUCAUCAAUGGAAAGAUUAUGAUGCAAAAACUAUGGCAGCGAGGGUAUGGUUGGGAUGAUGAUUUAGCUGAAGUUGAGAAAGCUGAAUGGAGAAAGAUUUUCAAAGAACUGCAAGAAUUAGAUGGUACUUCAUUCCCGAGAUGUCUAUUACCAGUCCAUUCAAGUAAAGCAGCUGAACUGAUUAUUUUCUGUGACGCCUCCGAAGAUGCAUUCAGCACAGUAGCAUACACGAGAUGGGAAAACUUUAAUGGUGAUGUUGGAGUGGAUUCAUUUCAGCCAAGUCCCGAGUAGCUCCAGUAAAACACCUAUCUAUGCCUCGUUUAGAGUUACAAGCUGCUGUUAUGGCAUCGAGACCGUAUGCUACACUUAAGGAAGAGAUGUCUCUGAAAUUUGAUAGAGUUAUAUUCUUUUCGGAGAGUAUCAUCGCUUUGUCAUGGAUACGGGGUCAGUCUAGACUCUACAAGUCAUUUGUGGCUAACAAAGUUGCUGAAAUUCAGAACAAAACCGAUCCGGCAGACUGGCGUCAUAUACCUGGAGAACAUAACAUUGCCGACCAAGUGUCCAGAGGGAUUAAAGUCAAAGAUUUGGAACAUGACUGGAAGAAUGGACCUGCUUUUCUGAAGCUUCCAGAAGAACAAUGGCCGAAAUCUAUUCCGAAGGCAGAUGUCAAAGAACUUGACAAAGAAAAGAAGAAGGAAAAAACCAUUUUGAUAGUUAAUGCAGAAGACAAGAAGGCCAUCGACUGUAAGAAAUAUUCUAGUUGGAGAAAGCUAAUACGAUUUACAGCGUACGUGUUUAGAUUUAUCUCUAAUAUGAAAGCUAAGUGCAGAGUAGAAGAUGGAUCACUGUCAACCAAUGAGUUAUCCAUUGCUGAAGGCUAUUGGAUAUUCGAAGCUCAAAAACAUAUCCAUGGUAAAGUUUAAAGGGGUGAAUUUAAAUCAUUAAGUCCCUUUGUGAAAGAUAAUCUGAUACAUGUGGGUGGAAGAGCUCAUAAUGGAACAUUGUCAUAUGAACAACGACAUCCUGUGUUACUACCUAGAGAUGACCACAUCUCAUACUUGAUAACCAGAGAUGUACAUGAAUGAGGACAUUAUGGAAUUGCUGCAGUUACUAUUCAAAUAUUGGAUAGUAGGAGUUACCAGCCUUGCUAAGACAGUGAAAUUCCGAUGUGUGAAAUGCAGAAAGUUUAAUCACCGUGUUGAAACACAAUUGAUGGUGGAACUGCCUGCAGAAAGGAUGGCUUCGUUUACACCACCGUUUUAUUACAUUGCAUGUGACUACUUUGGCCCAUAUAAUGUCAAAAUAGGAAGACGUAAGACAGCAAAACACUACGGUGUUAUAUUUACAUGCCUGAAUACCCGAGCAGUACACAUAGAAGUCGUCACUGAUUGUUCAACGAUGGAGUUCAUGCAAGUACUUAGACGUUUCUUCGCAAUCAGAGGGAAGCCGAAGAUGAUACCAAGCGACAACGGUACACAGUUUAUUGGUGCUGAAAGGCAGCUGAGAGAAAUGAUUCGAGGUUGGACUAAGAGGGAACUAACAGAGUUUUGUGCCGAACAGGAAGUUACGUGGAAAUUUAUCACACCGCUUGCUCCUCAUCAGAAUGGAUGUGCAGAAACGUUGGUGAAAAGCUGUAAGUUAGCGCUGAAGAAAGCCGUAGGUGAACAGAAACUAACACCGUUUGAACUUCAUACCUGUUUCCAGGAGAUAGCUAACCUUGUAAAUGAACGACCGAUUGGGCGUAUACCAAAUGAUCCAGAUGACGGUAAAUACGUCUGUCCCAAUGACAUUCUGUUAGGACGUGCAUCCAGUAGAGUACCGCAAGGACCAUUCCGUCCAAGCAAGAACCCAAGAGACCGACUUGAAUUUGUACAGCAGAUAGUUGACACGUUUUGGAAGCGAUGGUCGAGAGACGUCUUUCCAUUGUUGGUGCCUCGACGUAAAUGGAAUGUAGACAAACGAAAUACUAAAGUCGAUGAUGUUGUUAUACUAGCUGAUCCGAACGCGAUCCGUGGAAAAUGGAAUAUAGGACGCAUAUCUGAAGUGUAUCCCGGACCUGAUGGAAGAGUUCGAAAUGUUAGAGUGAAGACUUCGAAUGGACACUUUAGUAGACCAGUCAAUAAGAUUGUUGUAAUUUACCCUGUAGAGGGCUAUGAGUAA